UACGGCCUGAGAACGUUUUCCGGGUCACAAUCGGUGCCUCGGAGAGCGAGGAGGGUCCAGCCGUGGACUUUGACUUGUAGUAUUACUACUACUACUACUACUACUUACUACAUACUACAUACUACAUACCACUUACUUAACGCCGCCGAAAGCGCUGACGUGUGUCGUGUGGACAAGAACGCCAUGUUCUCCUGAGAGGUCACUUACAUAUACCUGUACAUAUUUACUUAGGCAUAUUUACAGCAUAUUGAAGGUUUUAAGUUAAGUGUUAACAGAUAAUUCCAGCGAAUCGUGGAGAGAACAUAAAAAUGGAGAAAACCGUCAGCCUACCAAGUCAACCUGACAAAAGCACCAAAGUGGUUCUGGUUGAGAGCAGCAGUUCUCCUGGUGGACUGGAACUUGUCAACGCUUACCAGACCACAAGAGUGGGGGAUGCGAUGGAUCUGGUGGCUCUGGCAGCACAAGUACAAAAGGGAGAUGACUUUAUUAAAGCCAACGCCUGCAACAAACUGUCCGUCAUUGCCGACCACAUCAGAUAUCUACAAGAGCAAGCUAGAAAGGUGUUAGAAGAAGCAAAAAGAGAUGCUGACCUUCACCAUGCUGCCUGUAACAUAGUGAAGAAACCAGGAAACAUGUACUACCUCUACCAGCGACCAUCUGGACAAAAGUACUUUUCCAUCAUUUCUCCUAAGGAAUGGGGUCCAAGUUGUCCUCACCAGUUUGUUGGUGCAUUCAAACUUCAACACGACAUGUCCUGGACUCCAGAGGAGGACGUGCAGAAGAGGGACUCCGAGAUCGCCAUCAUGGACAAGCUUGUCAGCCAUCAGACUGCAUUACCGUCUCACCUUGAACUCAAUUUCAGAGGUCUCACCGAUCAAGACGCUGCUCCCGCUGAAUAAAAGCGGCUCAGGAACUUAGUCGUUACUUUUAAUAAAGUGCAAUUAUUCAGUAACAAGAAUAUUACACACAGAUGAUGAUUCAUAAUAAUAACAACAUUUUGCACUUUGUCGCAGCUAAGUUUGGGAUGUUCUUGAAUUUGAACUGAAAUGGCCCCCAUGUUAUUAAUUAAUGGUUAUUAAUUGACAUGUAAAAAGCAUUGCCAAGAAAGAGCAAUAUUAAUACGUACUGUAUGGCCACCAGCUGUCCUGCUCUCUGGCAGUCAAACGUGACUUGUGCUUCACAGUUUCAAAUAAAAAGAACAUUAUUUUACCGUA